ACUCUGCAUCAGCACUGGAUCUAACUCUCAAAAGCCCCCGAGGUCCACAGUGUGGGCAGGGUGCUCAGCGGGCAGAGAGGUGGCACCGGUGACAACAAUACCAAGCUGUCUUGCAGUCUAACUCUUGAUUUGGGCCAGAGCUCCUUCCUAAUGCUCCCAGGACCAUCCACCAGCAUAGACAUGGGCAGCUGCUGGCUCCUGCUGCUUCUGCUGCUCCUAAGUAGGGAAAGAGUCUUCAACCUGCCCAACAGUGCCUCAGUCUGGGUGCUUGCCUCACACUCACCCUCCACAAACGACUCUGUGGUUAACAGAAAUCUGUCCUGCCCGUCCACAAGUGCAAGUAUGCCUCACAGUGUGAAAGGCCCUUACUCCACAGAAGAAUCUAACAGCUCAUCAGUGACUGAGACACCCACAUCUAAGUCCCAAGAUCAGACGACAUCACCUCCUCUUCCAACAUCACCCCAGGGCAGAAGCACAGCAGGGCCUACUGCGAAGAUGACCUCAACAGUGCGCACACCUGUAGUGACGAUCACUACUAGCAUGUCACUGUCAGAUUCCACAGUGACCUCUACAGUAAAGGAAUCCAUAGGGACAUCCAAAACUACAGUUUUGUUCAGCUUGACCACUUCAACUGAGACCACACAACUGAAUCAAACUCCAACCUCAGGAUCCCUGGACAAAGUCAGUGACACAAACAAACCUUCACCCAUGACAACCAUGGCAGUUACAAACACCUCUUCACCUACCACAGCAAUCCCAAGGACAACUGUUCUUAAUACAGCCACAACUGAGACUCAGGAAAGGGACACUACAGCUGUACCCCCAACCCUAGGAACAAUCUAUACAAUGGACAAGUCACCAGACACCCACCAGAGCACUGUCACACAGACACAUUCCCAGCCAGCACAGAUGACGUCUGAUGUUAGCACAAGUCUAGGGACAACUCCAUCAGCACCAAAGUCCAAAACCACUGGGUUGGGAUCAUCAAUGUCCCCAAGCCCUGGGGACACUGAUAGGACCGUGAUGACACCUUCAGCGACACUGGUGUUAAGCACACCAGAGCAUGCCACCCCACCAUCUGGAAAUGGGACACCCACUGUUCCUGAGAAGUCAACUUUAACUCUACCCUCAUCAACACUGAAGAAAGUCAGUGACACAAACAAACCUUUACUCAUGACAACCAUGGCAGUUACAAACAACUCUUCACCCACCACAGCCAUCCCAAGGACAACUGUUCUUAGUACAGCCACAACUGAGACUCAGGAAAGGGACACUACAGCUGUACCCCCAACCCUAGGAACAAUCUACACAAUGAACAAGCCACCAGACACCCACCAGAGCACAGUCACACUGACACGUUCCCAGCCAGCACAGGCAGGCUCAACAAGCAUAGGCACUGCUACAACUCAAUCACCUGAGCAUUCCACAGCCCUUAUCCAUAGCUCCUCAGACAUAACCAAAUCCCCCACUACGAUUGGGACCAGCCCAGCAUCCCCAAACUCUAGCCAGAGUAGUGGUCUGGGAGGUGGUGCCUGUGCUUUGGAUGAGUAUCCAGACAGCGCUGGAGCUUGUAUGUGCAAUAAUAGCUACUAUUCCCACCUGGAACUAUCCAGGGAGAUAGGGACCCUGCGCUGCAGGCCACAGGACAUUGAGGUGGCUCUGAGGACCUGUUUCCUGAAGACUCACCAUUGGGUCCUGAAGAAAGAUGCCUUCUCGAGUUGUUCCAGCAUCAAUACCACAGAACAGGGUCGCCGGGUCCAGGUCUUUCAUUUGAUGAAGAAGGAAGGGACUUGUGGGCUCCACAUCUCUACCAACACCAGCCACGCCCUGCACUCUUUGGAUGUGUAUCUUGAACCGGCUGUCCCUGGCUCCAACCACCCUGGCGUUGGAGUGCUCCACUUCAGCUGUGCAUACCCUCUGGUGGUGAAUGUCAGCAAGCCUGUCUCCUACCAGGAGGACUCCAUUCCCACCAUCCACGUUCCCAGUGCUGGAGAGACUGUCAUCACCCUGAGCAUCUUCACAAACCCUGAACUCACCACUCCACUCAAGAACAGCACAGCUCCUGUGGGCAUGACCCUCUACGUGGCCCUCAGGUCCACCAAUAGUGAUCCUGACCGAUUUGUUCUGGUGGCUAAUGAGGUCUUUGCCAGUAGCAACCCCUCCAACACAGAGGCUAAGGCCACCUAUUAUUUUGUGAAGGAGAGCUGCCCAGUCCAGGGCCGGCUGCUCCAGGACCUGAGCAACGGGGCCUCAGUACAAGUGAUUCUGGCCUUCACUCUGUCGCGAUUCUUGAGCAGUGACAAGCUCUACCUACACGCCCAAGUGACCCUCUGUGACAAGCAAGCAUCCCGCCCAUGCCAACCGUCUUGUAGUGGGAAGACUCCCCUGCAGAGAAAUUCACCCUGGGACUCUCAAGCUGGGACCCGUCUGGAACCUGGCAGCAGCAAGUGGAUCAUAUUCGGGCCUCUCGGAAUAAGCGCGCCCAGAGCCUCCAGCAGCAGAAGCCGAGCAGGAGCCUGGAUGUUCCCCUUGUUCCUGAUGGUGGUAGGCUGGAUGCUGGAAUAGAACCUGGCCCAGCCUCCCGACUCCAACACUAGAACUUAGUGUCUAGUUUACUUGCCUGAGUUGAGGGUGGAGUGGAGGUAGAUUUGAGGAAAGCCAAGUAGUGUGACCUCUGUUAGGUACCAGGAAGCUGGGCACGAGCCUGUGUGUAGCCCGGCACCGGGAGGAAUGUGGCCGUUGCCCCAUGGAUUGUGCUCUCUCUCUCUCCUCGAGCUUUGUUUCCUGUGUCUGCAACCCUUAGGGGAGGGUGUGUGAUUAGACCACUCAAUAUGAUAGGGGUAAGUAGAGAGGUU